GUAACGUUAUCGGUUAAAAUAAUGUCGGAAAAGUGUACUUUAAUUCAUUGGUUCCGUAAAGGUUUACGUGUGCAUGAUAAUCCGGCUUUAAAAAGAGUUUUCGAUAAGGCCCAAAAGGAGCCGGAAAAAUAUUGUGUACGGCCUAUAUUCAUAUUAGAUCCCGGUAUAAUACAGUGGCUAAAGGUGGGAGCAAAUCGUUGGCGUUUCCUGCAACAAUCUCUCCAAGAUUUACAUCAACAACUAAAGACCUUAAACUCACAAUUGUAUGUAGUUCGAGGAAAUCCCCAGAAUGUGUUUCCUCGUCUGUUUGAGGAAUGGCAAACACAGCUUUUAUCAUAUGAAGAAGAUAUAGAGCCUUAUAGUAUUAAAUGCGACAAAGAAAUUCAAGAUUUGGCUAAACAGUUUAAAGUAGAAGUACUAACAUAUUGCUCGCACACUGUGUACAAUCCCCAGGUGGUCAUACAAAAGAAUCUGGGUAAAGCGCCCUUGACUUAUCAGAAGUUCUUGUCCCUAGUGGAGAAAUUAAAAGUGCCUAAACCCGAAGAUAAACCAGAAAGUUUGAAUUGUUCUUUUCCUUCAAAGGAUUCUUGGGAAGAAAAAGAUGAAAAUUGUUAUUGUGUGCCGGCUUUGGAGGAUUUAGUAAAGAAGCCUGAAGACUUGGGACCUUUAAAGUUUCCUGGAGGUGAAACUGAGGCCUUAAAACGUUUGUCAUCCUCGUUAGCUGAUGAAGCUUGGGUGGCAGCUUUUGAAAAACCUAAAACUCAUCCCAAUUCAUUGGAGCCCAGUACUACAGUAUUAAGUCCCUACCUAAAAUUUGGCUGUUUAAGUUCUAGACUGUUUUACCAACAAUUACAAAAUGUGUUAAAGCGCCAAACUAAACAUUCCAAGCCACCCGUUUCUUUAAUGGGUCAAUUAAUGUGGCGUGAAUUCUACUACACUGCUGCUGCUUAUGAACCCAACUUUGAUCGCAUGAUGGGUAAUUCCUUUUGCCUACAAAUACCCUGGCAAACCAAUGACCAACAUUUAGAGGCUUGGACAUUUGCUCGCACUGGUUAUCCCUUCAUUGAUGCCAUUAUGCGCCAGCUGAGGCAGGAAGGUUGGAUUCACCAUUUAGCCAGACAUGCUGUGGCCUGUUUCCUGACACGCGGUGAUCUGUGGAUCUCUUGGGAAGAGGGUCAAAAAGUUUUCGAAGAACUUUUACUCGAUCAAGAUUGGGCUCUUAAUGCCGGCAAUUGGAUGUGGCUGUCAGCUUCUGCAUUUUUCCAUCAAUACUUUCGUGUUUAUAGUCCAGUGGCAUUUGGCAAGAAAACUGAUCCAACUGGCACCUACAUACGUAAAUAUGUUCCCGAGCUGGCCAAGUAUCCGGCAGGUGCCAUUUAUGAACCUUGGAAGGUUUCCCUGGCUGACCAGCGUAAAUAUGGUUGUGUUUUAGGCACUGAUUAUCCACAUCGUAUUGUUAAUCAUGACAUUAUACACAAAGAGAAUAUUAAACGCAUGACAGCGGCCUAUAAAGUGAAUCGUGAAGUGAAGACAGGCAAACAGGAAGAUGAUGAUGGAAAUAGUGAGGAAUUAGUGGGUAAAAGAAAAUCGAAAAAUUCAUCUGCAAGUUCUUCAUCGGCUGGGGCGAAGAAGAGAAAGAAAAAUUGAGAUAAGGUAAAUUUUUUAUACAUAUGGGCCAAAACAAAAUUAUGUUAAAAUUUUAGUAAAUUUGCAUAUAUUUGAAAGAUAAUUAAUUGUAUAAGUUUUUAACAGUUGCCUUUGCUUCUAACUUUGUUAAGCGGACUAAAUAAAAUGUUGCCUUCAAAAUUUAUAACCAAAUAACUUUCUACAGGAUUUCAAAUUUCCACCUUUAUAUUGUUAUUAAUCAAUUAACAAUAUAAAGGUGGAAAUUUGUGAUAAACCAAUUUAAAAAAUUAAAAAAAAGUAAUUUUUUUAUAUUGUUCAACUUUAGGAAUCUCUAAAUUUCAGAAUCCAAGGUCUAUGGAUUCUAAAAUUUUGCAAUUCUGUUGCUAGUAGUGUCAAUGACACAAAAUUAUUUAUAGAGUUAAGUCGGUUUCAUAAUUU